AAAUAGAUCUGCAAGGCUAUAAUUAAACAAACCGACACCAUAGUUCUCCAUCCUCGAACAGUUUCAGAGUAGAGAAAAAAUGGAAAACACCAUAGUCCUCUAUGCAGCUCCAGGAAUGGGGCACAUGAUCUCCACGGUCGAGCUAGGCAAGCUCAUCCUCAAGCACUACUCCCACAAAUUCUCCGUCACCGUGCUCUACACCACCGGAAGCAUUGUCGACACACCGAGCAUCCCCGCCUACAUCGACCGCAUCACCCAGUCCCAUCCCUCCAUUUCCUUCCGCCGCUUCCCACGCGCCUCCCCAACUAACCACCAUGACAAAACUCGCAGCCUGGCAGCCGUGAUGUUCGAUUUCAUCCGUCAGAACGACCCGAACGUCCGCUGUGCGCUACAAGAACUCUCCAAGACGUUUCGAGUUCGGGCGUUUAUCAUCGACCUGUUCUGCACCUCCGCGAUGGCCAUAGCCAAGGAGCUCAACAUCCCCACUUUCUAUUUCUUCACUUCGGGCGCGGCGGCUCUCGGGGCUUUCUUGUAUUUCCCGACGAUCCAUGCACGAGUGAACGAGAGCUUCAAGGAUAUGACCGACACUGUUUUUGAGUUUCAGGGAUUGGGGGCUCCGUUGCGUGCUGUCCACAUGCCUGAGCCGAUGCUCGAUCGGAAUGAUCCGGCUUAUUUGGACAUGGUCUACUUCUGCUCUCAUCUUGCUCUAUCAGAUGGAAUCAUAGCCAACACUUUUGAAGAGCUCGAGACUCCAACAGCUAUGAAGGCCAUUUCUGAAGGUCGAUGUGUUCCUGAUGCGCCCACUCCUCCUGUCUAUUAUAUCGGACCUUUGAUCGAUGAAGAAAAGGCAUCCGGCUCUGCACAUUCGGAGGAGGAAUGUCUGUUAUGGCUCGAUAAGCAGCCGAGUAGGAGCGUGGUGUAUCUCUGUUUCGGAAGCAGGGGAUCAUUCUCGGAAGCCCAAGUGAGAGAAAUUGCCAGUGGGUUGGAGAGGAGCGGUCAGAGGUUCUUGUGGGUGGUGAAAAAGCCACCUGUUGACAACACCAAACAGAGUCAUGGCGUGGAUGAUUUCAAUUUGGAAGUUCUUUUGCCGCAAGGCUUCUUGGAGAGGACUAAAGUCAGGGGCCUGGUGGUGAAGUCGUGGGCGCCGCAGGUGCUGGUGCUGAAGAAGGAAGCUGUGGGAGGGUUCGUGACUCACUGUGGGUGGAACUCGGUGCUAGAAUCGGUGAUAGCCGGGGUGCCAAUGGUGGCGUGGCCGCUCUAUGCAGAGCAGCAUCUGAACAGGAGUGUUCUGGUGAAUGACAUGAACAUGGCUAUUGAUGUGGAGCAGAGAGAGGAAGAUGGGUUCGUGACCGGGGAUGAAGUGGAGAGAAGAGUUAGGGAGAUGAUGGAGUCGAAAAAUGGAAGAGAGCUCAGAGAGAGGAGUUUGAAAAUUGGGGAGAUGGCUUUGGGUGCUCUGGGAGAGCUUGGUUCCUCCAGAAGAGCUCUGGCCAACUUUGUUAACGCCAUUGAAUGAUUUGUUUCUCUUUCUCUAAUUUUUUUUGUAUGAAUAGGAAUGUCAAUGUGAUUUUGGAUUUUCUGUUUUUGGAAGUAAUGUAUAUGUAAUUUUUGAUGAUGAGCAUGAAUAGAAAGAAUAUUUGGUUGUGCAAUAUAUAA